CCCACCUACCUGCCUGCCUGCCUGCCUACCUGCCAGGCGAUGGCUGCUCACCUGAGGCUGCGGGGGGCGCUGGCGCUGGUCACAGGGGGCGGCCGUGGCAUCGGCCGCGCCAUCUGUGCUCGCCUGGCCCGGGAAGGUGCCGUGGUGGCCAUCGCGGACUGCGACGAAGCCGGGGCGGCCAAGACGCUACAGGGACUCCAGCCGGGAGACCACGCGGCCUUGCGAGUCGACGUGGGAUGCGCAAAGAGCGUGGUGGACCUCAUGGCUCAGAUCCAGGAACGCUUUUCCCGCCCUGCCGGCGUCUGCGUCAACUGUGCCGGGAUCACCAUGGACGCGUUCCUGCUCCAGCAGACGGAGGAGGCGUUCGAUGCUGUCCUCCGGGUGAACCUCAAGGGGACGUUCCUGGUGACGCAGGCCGCGGCCCGGGCCCUCGUGGAGAGCGGGGCCCCCGGGGGUUCCAUCGUCAACUUGGGCAGCAUCGUGGGCAAGGUGGGGAAUCUGGGGCAGGUGAACUACGCAGCGUCCAAAGCCGGGGUGGAGGCCCUGUCCAAGACGGCGGCCAAGGAACUGGCCAGAUACGGCAUCCGCUGCAAUACGGUCCUGCCAGGAUUCAUCCGCUCCCCCAUGACGGACAAAGUCCCCCAGAAAGUGCUGGACAAGUUUGCAGCGAUGGUUCCCCUGGGACGACUCGGGGAGCCCGAAGAUGUGGCUGACGUUUGCGCCUUCCUGGCCUCGGACGACAGCCGGUACAUCACGGGAGCCAGCGUGGAGGUGACAGGGGGACUUUUCAUCUGAGCUGUCCGUUUCGCCGCACCUGGAGCCUCCUGAGAUGACACUCCUGGACUGACCCCCCCACCCACCCCUGUGCCAAGGAAGGAUCGUGUGGGUCCUUCGUGGUGUGGGCGUGUGGGGAGGUGCGCUGCACUGCGUGGACGAUGGCCGAGUCUUGCUUGGGGGUCCUUUCAAUGCCAAGCGGGGAGGGGGAGGCUGGGAGGCGGGACCCCCGGCUUCCCGGGGAAGGGGAGGGCGUCUCUGCAAACGGACGGGGCCCGAGUCAAGCUGGUGGCCCCCUGGACCUGCCCCCAGAGCCAGGCCGGUGCGGAAACGUGGCCCUUGCCUUUUGAGGGCGCCUCCCUCCCCGCCGUCUCAGAGGGAGCCAAUACCGGCCGCGUGUGGCUGCGGACCGCCAGCACGGAUCGUUUGCUUCAUCAUUCGCCUGCUUUCUAAUGCUCAUUUGAUUAUACUUUAAAAUAAACGUGCGCUCAGUA